UUUAGGAAGAAAAUUAAAUAUUUGCAAUUGGAAAAGUAAGUGCUAAUCCCAAAAAUUCCAAAUUGAUGGAAAAAGGUAAUGUUGCCGCCAAAAAAAAGUAGAAUUUGGGUAAAAAUUUUCUUAAGUCUUCCUAAACUGUCAAACCCUAAGGAAAAGAAGUCUAAUCCCUCAAAACUUCCCUCUGCCUAAACAUGAGGCAAACGGUUCAUCUCUGGUUCUUCUCUCCUCCUCAAACCUCAAGCCCUAAUUUCAAUUCAUGGAUGCUACACCAAUUCACACCGGCUUUCUCUCUUCCUCCUCAAACUUCGGCGAUAUCUCUCCCUCCCCAAACGCAGGCAAUCACUCUCCUUCCUCAAACACUCCGCCUCUUUCGUCAAAAUCUUCGCCUCCCUCUCUCUCCUCAAACUCGACACCUGUUGUGGAAGCGCUGCAGAGAUCAGUGGUGGCUUGUUGUUAGCUUGUGGUGGUGAUUGCGGACGCGAACGAGAGAAAUAUUGUUGGUGGAUUAUUGAGCGGCGGAGGUGGCGGGUGAGGCUACACCAUACAGCGGAGGGGGUUGCCUUGCAGGAGGCUAAAACCGCGGCGGAUUACGAAGAAGGUGAAGGUGGAUACGGAGGUGAAAGUGACUAUGGAAAGAACUACUUCCUCUGGUCUGGUCCUGUACCGAUGAUAAACAUAUCAAAGCUAGAGUUGAUAAGAGAGGCCUUCACAAAAACGAACGAAUUUCGAAAGACAAAGGUGAACCCUAUUUUUCACAAACUUGUUCCUGGGCUGGUCAGUUUAAAGGGAGAGAAAUGGGUCAAACAUCGCAGGAUGAUGAACCCUGCCUUCCGUAUGGAGAAGUUGAAGCUUAUGUUACCCGCAUUCGCUGAUAGUUGUACAGAUAUCAUCAACAAAUAGGAGAUUGUUCCGGCGGCGGACUCGGAAUAGGAAAAGGAUGACUGACUCCCGACUGAGGUUGCUGACUGGAUCCUGCACAGUGAAGCCGUUAACUAGCCUCGGGGGUGAUCCGAGAAUUACCCCUCCGAUGCUUAAGUCAGAUUAUGCUGAUAGCUCUGUAAUAAAUGCUCAUAAGAAUGAUUGGAUUGGAAUUGCGUACCUUUGGCAUUGAUGGGGGUCCGUAUAUAUAGACGGGUUAUUUGUACGGAGGACCCGGGUUAUUACCCGUUGGUUCCGGAUCCUCCCUUUCGGCUCUGAUAGGCAGAUGAUGUCAGAGAACUGCCGACUGGGUUUGUAAACCCUGGAUGCCGACUGUACCUUUGGUGCUUCUUUUGGGUUGUUUGAGGGACUUUGCAGCUGUUUGAGAGUGAAUUUCCAGAAUUAGGUACGGUUUCUGGUCUUACUUUCUCUUUUUGUCGGGUGUUUAUGUUCUUUGCUUGCAUGCGUUUUGAGUGGGGGUAGCCAAAACAUGACUGGUAGGGUUGGGGUUAGUAACGUGAUAGAUCUGUCAGACACAAGUAGCGGUUCUGGUAUAGAACUAAAUAUGGACGGGAAUACGGCUGGUAGUAAUGCUAAGAAUGCUGGGUGGGGGUAAAAUCGAACACGCCACCUCCUUUUGCGGAGUUUAUGGGUGGGAAUCCUGUUACCGGCCCUUUUAUACCCAUGACUGCGGCUCAGUUUACUCGCUCACAACAGCUACAUGGCCUGCGGGCACGAAUGGAGAGAGAGCUUAGGCCGAAUGAGCAUAACGUGCCGGCUGGGGAGCCGAUAUUAGACGUAGAUCUGAUUUCGGUUAGGUAUCAUUUGCGGGAUUAUCGGGAAUUUACUCAGCCUGGCGGCUCUGGUCUUGGGGAGUACGGUACUAACAUCGGCAAUAUAUAUGUUUCUAGGGUCAUGCCGUCAGACGCCGAACCGUCUACAAGUAAUCGACGGGCCGGGAAGGAUCCUGCCGUCCAUGAUGCGGGUGAGGUUGAUGCCGCCGUUAGUGGUGAUGUGCCUUCCACCCCUGGCGACUCCAUACUGGAGUCUUCUGAGUCUGGGUCUCCCGGGCUAAGGGCGCCGCCCAUUGCCGACUCUGAUGAAGAUGAGGAGGAUGCUGCGAUUUUGCAGCAAGUGUUUGAAGAAGAGGCUUUGGACGCCGAUGUGAAUUUCGAAGGUGAGGCUGCCGCGUUCUUGGUUCCGGCCCCUCCCCCUAAUGAUUCUGCUGCCCUCACCACUGAGAUAGAUAGUGACUUUGUAAAAGAGGCCGUUGCCAACCGGCAUUCUGAGGUUGGUGGUCGCUUUUUGGGUUUACCUGAGGGCUACAAGUUGACUGUGCCGAAAGAAGAGCAAACGGUGGCCGACUGUCCCGUAGGUCAUGUUGUUGUAUACACGAAGAUGUUCGACUAUGGGUUGCGCUUUCCCUUGCACCCGUUCAUUGAGAAGGUUCUGCGGGCCUGGAAUGUCGGCCUCGUUCAAUUAUCGCCCAUAGUUAUUCGCAAUCUGGUUGCGUACACUUGGUUAUUUUCAUUCAAACAGUGGCCCUUGACCCUCAACCUUUUCAAAAAACUGCACUGGCUGAAGCGUGAUGGGAAAGAUACCGGCUGGUGGACGAUCUUUACCAAGAGUCAGCGUCAGACUGUGAGCCCCCGGCUCUCCAGCUGCAAGGACUGGAAGGACCACUUCUAUUUCAUGGCUGUUCCCGAAGAUUACCCCCUUCGGCGUACAUUCUACCAGCCUAAACCUAGGAUGGAGCAAUUUGACCAAGCCGACCUUGGGCCCCGAGAGCAACGUGCGUACGACAGGCUGCUGGUUGACUAUGUUGACGUUGGGCUGUCUAAGCCUAAAACCUUGCCGGCUUUUUGGCUUCCUCCUGCCGGUUAUAUUCUUAGUCCUGCCGCUUUGGGCGCAGUCGGCCUUGCACCUACACAUCCCCUUGGUAAAUGCAGUUGUUUGCCUGCACUCGUUAUCUGCUGUAUUUGUUUAUAUUUCUUGGAUCUCUGUUGUGUCGUGUUGCGUUUGUUAAAAUUUUUUUCUGACUUCCUCGUUCAUUUAUUUACUUAUUUAUAUUAUUUUUCUUAGGGCACCAUCUUUUAAACAAGGCUUCACUCGGCCUUGACAAGAAUUGGAGGGUUGCUGAAUAGUGUCCGGCGGGUCCUGCUGAGAAAUAUUACACUGUUUCUACUUUCUGCGCGAAAGCUUGUCGUGGUCGGUCAGCCAGCUUUGUGACUCCUUCUGCCGUUGUGGACCGAGGUGUUGUUCCUCGCGUUGUUCGAACAAAGGUUCCGGCAGCUGACCAGGCUACAUCCUCAACCCAAGACGAAAUGACUACUGGCAGGUUUGCUUCUCUUCCUACCGGUCGGGGGGGACAUGCUACUCGGAAGAGGUCUUCCAGCCAGGCGAAGGCCAGUUCUCCCAAACGGUCAAAAAAUGACGCUGCGAAGACAGCGCAGGAGAAGGUGAAAGACGUCUACGCCAGCGUCGACAAGCCCUUGCAGACAUCUGGCGCUGGAAAGAAGAUUGCUGAACAGCCUGCUCAGUCGGUUGAGAUUUUGGAUGCUGACCUUUUGUCCAAAUUGAACCGGAAGCAGGUGUUGAGCGAUUUGAUUAGCGAUCCGAUCCAUCCUGUGCCUGUGUCGAGGCAUAGCCCUUCCAUGAACCGGUCUGCCAGCUCGGCCUCUAAGUAUGGGGUUAUAGUUCGUUCUGGGGGUUCAUCGAGGACAAAACUGUUGUGCUAUCUCCGGAUAUUCUUGCCGGUCUAGCCGCUGCUCCCGGUCAUGCUGAAGAGCACUGGCAGCCGCAGAAUGAUGUUCUGAGGGGUGAGUCUAUCCUUUUUGACCGUCCUAAAGACGGAGGUACACUGGGCUACCGGUCUCUGCGCCAAGUUGUUACACCCGCCGACGGUAUGCCCCAGGAGAUUGAGACGCCGGCUGCACAGUUGAUGCAUGACCUGUACUCGGUAUUUUACUUCCCUCUUUGACUUGCUUGUUUUUUAUACUUGUUUUUAUUUUCGGCUCUGAGCGAUUUUACUUUCCUUAGGUGACGCAAUCUGCUACCGAGCUUGUGGAGUGCUAUCGGAGCUAUCAGCGUCGUUUAAAACGAUCGCAAGCUGAGAAAGAGAAGCUUCAGACGGACCUUGCUGAAUCGGUCAGGACUGAAGGUGACUGCCGGAAGGAGAUUG